AUGUCUGGUUUUGUUGGCGUUGUCGUUUCUGAUCAAUGGCUUCAUAGCCAAUUCACACAAGUCGAGCUCCGUGGCCUUCAUGCCAAUUUUGUUUCUGCGUCGAAUGAAUCUGGAAAGGCCACACUGGGCAAUCUACCACCUGUUAUGUGCAAACUUAAGGCCUUGAAGGAUAUUCUCAGUGCAGAUGACAUUAGCCGCAUAUUAAGCGAGUCAGCUACUGAUGCGACUGAAGAGAUUGAUUUUGAAUCCUUUCUUCGGUUAUAUCUAGAUCUACAAGGACGAGCAACUGCUAAAUUGGGUAAUACAAAAUUAAAAACGUCGUCCUCUUUCCUCAAGGCCAGAACAACCACAAUUCGUCACAAUAUUAGUGAAUCUGAAAAGGCAUCAUAUGUUGCACACAUCAAUAGCUUUCUCAGAGAGGACAAGUUUUUGAAGGAUUUUCUUCCUAUAGAUCCAUCUGGUAAUGCACUCUUUGAACUCGUAAAAGGUGGCGUUGUUCUGUGUAAGCUUAUCAAUGUUGCCGUCCCUGGUACUAUAGAUGAGCGUGCAAUCAAUACGAAAAAGGUUCUUAAUCCAUGGGAGACAAAUGAGAAUCACACUCUUUGCCUCAAUUCUGCAAAAGCAAUCGGUUGCACAGUCGUCAAUAUUGGCACACAGGAUUUAGUUGAAGCACGACCUCAUCUGGUUGUCGGGCUGAUUUCUCAAAUUAUCAAGAUACAACUAUUAGCUGAUCUCAAUUUGAAGAAAACACCGCAACUUGUGGAACUGGUGGAGGACAGCAAGGAUGUGGAAGAGCUCUUAGGUUUAGCUCCAGAAAAGGUUUUAUUGAAAUGGAUGAACUUCCAUCUAAAGAAGGCAGGCUAUAAGAAGCAGGUCAAUAAUUUUUCGUCUGAUUUAAAGGACGGAGAGGCCUAUGCUCAUUUACUCAAUGCUCUUGCACCUGAACAUGGUACAACCAACACACUAGAUACGAAAGAUCCAACUGAAAGAGCAAAUUUGAUUAUUGAGCAAGCAGAGAAACUCGAUUGCAAAAGAUAUGUUACCCCACAGGAUAUUGUUGAGGGAUCCCCAAACUUAAAUCUUGCAUUUGUUGCACAAAUAUUCCAACACAGGAAUGGAUUGUCAGUGGACACCAAGAAAAUAUCUUUUGCUGAGAUGAUGGAGGAUGAUGCUCAAACAUCUCGAGAAGAAAGAUGCUUCCGGUUGUGGAUUAACAGCCUUGGAACUGAUACCUACAUAAAUAAUCUAUUUGACAGUGUCCGGACUGGGUGGGUGCUCCUCGAGGUACUCGAUAAAAUUGCACCAGGAUCAGUCAACUGGAAGCAAGCAACAAAACCCCCAAUUAAGAUGCCUUUUAGAAAAGUUGAGAAUUGCAACCAAGUCAUACGGAUUGGAAAAGAACUAAAUUUCUCCCUUGUGAAUGUAGCUGGAAAUGAUAUUGUACAAGGAAACAAGAAGCUCAUAUUAGCCUUUUUGUGGCAGCUAAUGAGGUUCACAAUGCUGCAACUGUUGAAAAACUUGAGGUUUCAUGCCCAAGGGAAGGAAAUAACAGAUGCUGACAUCCUAAAUUGGGCAAACAAAAAAGUGAAGAGUGCAGGCAGAAAAUCUCAAAUAGAUAGCUUCAAGGACAAAAGUCUAUCAAAUGGGAUGUUCUUCUUAGAACUUCUUAGUGCAGUCGAGCCAAGGGUCGUGAAUUGGAGCGUUGUAACCAAGGGGGAAACAGGUACACACUUAUAA